AUGGCAGCACUCGUCGCACUGACACAGGAACAAUCCAACUCUGCUACGGUGCGGAACACCAUCCUUGACGCCGACGGCUCGACGUUACCAUCGCCGCCAUUCGCGAAAGUCGAGGGCGUACCCAACUUUCGAGAUCUUGGUGGCCACAAAUGUCCCGACGAUGCUGAGUUUGGGGUAUCACGAUGCAUACGAUACGGCUACCUCUUCCGAAGUGCUCAACCGGCUCACAUCACAUCUACCGGCAUCGACACCCUUACAAAGGAACUGAACAUUCAUGAUACGUACGACUUGCGGUCUUUCAAGGAACUUCGAUUGAUGCAGCAACGCUACGAUGACCUCUCAGUCGAGAUCCCUGGAGUGACACGCCAUCAUGUACCCAUUUACAGGGACGAAGACUACACGCCCAUCUCCAUGGUCGAGAAAUACAACACUGCCCAAGCCGACACCUCAAGCAUGGACCAAAAGCUCAACAAGCUAGCUGGUAGAAGCAAAGACGGCUUCAUCCAAGCCUAUGGAGAUAUCCUCGUCCAAGCAGCUAAAAGUGGAAGCUAUCGCACGAUCGUCCAGCACAUUCUCGAGCACCCGGAUAAACCGCUCCUGGUGCAUUGCACCGUGGGCAAAGACCGCACAGGUGUCUUCAUAGCAUUGUUGCUCAAGCUGUGUGGUGUCAGUGAUGAAGCCGUCGUGUGGGAUUAUGCUCUCACCACGUCAGGUCUGGGCAAGUGGCGAGAACACCUCAUCAAGCGGAUCCUAGAUGGUGCUGGCAAGGAGUAUUCAAAUAAAGGCCAUGACAAGGAUGAGCAAGAGGGAAGCGGAGUCACCAGAGAGCAAGCGGAGAGGAUCGUUGGAAGUCAUGCGGAGGACAUGGAGAUCUUCCUGGAGAUUGUUCUUAAGGGAAAGUUCGGCGGCGCACGCAAGUAUCUCAGGGAGGAGUGUGGGUUGAAGGACGAAGAGCUGGACAAGGUCGUCGACCACCUCACGAUUGAGGGCGAGGGGGCUGAUUUUGCCGUGCAUGCGGCAUUGUAA